AUGGAAGGAAACAGAAGAAAUAAUACAGGAUCUUUGAAGGAUCUUGAAGAUUCGCCGUCCAUAUGGGGGGUAUAUUCUUCGGCUAAAAAGCUACUAGAUUUAUACCCCCGAGUUGAAAACAGAACAUUAAGAAAUGAAUCCAAGAAAACCCAGAUGACAAAACAAGACAGCCUUUCUGGCAAACUACAUUUUUCCGAAUUGCAACUAGAUGACUCUGCUGAUUUGACGGAGAUUAUUUCAAGUGCUCCUGGCCUGUAUUAUUCUCCAGAUUCGUUGGAAAAUAAUUCUGGGGCUCCGUCUAGUUACUCAGAUUCCAAGGUUAAAUCCGAACUUCGAAAACCAAAACCUUCAAUGAUGGUUACGCCCUCAUCUAUGAAUGAUAGUCCCUUGCAUGACUCCAACAAUUUGGAUCUAAACUCGAUGUGGAAGUUCGAUAGCAAUGAUGAUGGUGAGGAAGAUGGUAUGGGAGGAGAUUUUAGUGAUAUUAUCCAAGACAAGUCUUUGCAAGAAUUCUUGAGUGACGGAGCUUCUCAUAAACUACAGUUAGCGAAACCUACUUCCGAGACUACUAGUAUCACAACAACAGUGACUGUUCAGAAAGAUAUGAGUGACUCAUCAUCCCCCAAAGCUGACAAUGACGAAAGUAUAACAAGAACUCAAUGCUCAAAUUGUAAGACUGAAAAGACUCCUCUUUGGAGAAGAGAUGGAAGUGGCAAUACGUUGUGCAAUGCUUGUGGUCUUUUCCAAAAACUUCAUGGUACUGUGAGGCCAUUGUCUUUGAAAACGGACGUCAUUAGGAAACGAAAUUCCAAGAGACAACAACAUCAAUCUUCUUUAACACACGGGCUCUGCAAGAUGCAACAGCAACAACAACAAGUUCAAUUCCAGCCACAACAACAUGAACAUAUUCAACCUUCUCAUAGCACUCAAACUCAAAAGCAAAUACAACAACAACAGCAACAGCCUUAUCCUUACCCCUAUAAUAAUUCUCUUCCAACAACAGCCGUAUCAUUUUCUCCCUACGGAGGUUCACAAGAUUCCUAUUAUCUAAUGAGAGGCAACAGUCUCAACAGCAACGCUCAAAAGCAUAAGAAUGUUCCCAUUUUGCCCAAGCCUUCCAGGGGUCCCAGCAAUAAAAACAUUCCCGUUCCCAUGAUGCCACAACAACAAGACUCUCCCUAUACUUCGUUCUCCCCGCAUUCAGCAGGAUUCAAGCGCAGAAAGUCACAAAUCAGUCUUUCAGGUAAUAAUCCUGGAGUAUCUAUACCGGCAUCACCUUCCUCUGUUUCCAGUUUUACUUCACAGCAACCAGUGGCUGUUGCUUCGUAUUUUACGAACGCUGCCUCGCCAAUUAACUCAGACCUAGGUAUUAUAUCUCCCAGCAACGACUAUGGGCAUGGGUUCUCCAACUCCAUCUCCAGCUCUUUGCACCAAGAAUUCCAAAUGAAGCGCGGUAUACCAUCUUCCCCUAUUCUGAAAAACUCGUUUCAGCAGAGAUUUCCAGAGACUGCCAGACGUCCUUCCAGUCUUAGUCUUCAAACUCAGCACGUUGUUACUGGUUUUGAUGUCAAACAGGAGGGCUUCCCAGAGGACAAAACAUGCGGUCCCAGACGAAAUUCCAAAGACCCUGGCACUGCAGGUCCAACCCCGAACAAUAGAAACAUUGCGGAAGAUCUAGACUGGCUUAAGUUUGGUAUAUAA